GACCUGUCUCUACUUCCAGAUCGAAGAUGGCGGUCUCGGUGUUCCCCGGCGUGCGGCUCCUCUCCAUCGGAGACGCUAAUGGAGACAUACAGCGACACUCAGAGCAGCAGCCCCUGCGGUUAGAAGUCAAAACAACACAAGAUGCUGCUCUCAUCAAUCUCUCCAAUGGAGAGGAGGCCAGUGUGUUCAAGUGUUCGGUUUCCAGGGAGACGGAGUGCAGCCGCGUGGGGAAGCAGUCGUUCAUCAUCACACUGGGAUGCAACAGCGUCCUGCUGCAGUUCUCUUCACCCGCAGACUUUCAGUCCUUUUAUAAUCUCCUGAAGAACUGUCGUGGACAUCUGGGUGAGCGCUCAGUCUUCAGUGAGAGAACAGAGGAGUCCUCUGCUGUACAGUACUUCCAGUUUUAUGGCUACCUCUCCCAGCAACAGAACAUGAUGCAGGACUAUGUUCGGACAGGGACCUACCAGCGGGCUAUUCUGCAGAACCACACUGACUUUAAGGACAAGGUGGUUUUGGAUGUGGGCUGUGGCUCAGGGAUCCUGUCCUUCUUCGCAGCACAGGCUGGAGCCAGGAAGGUGUACGCCGUCGAGGCCAGUACCAUGGCCCAGCACGCUGAGGUGCUGGUGAACAGUAACCGCCUCGGGGAGCGGGUUGUGGUCAUUCCGGGGAAGGUGGAGGAGGUGACGCUGCCUGAGCAGGUGGACAUCAUCAUCUCGGAGCCCAUGGGCUACAUGCUGUUUAAUGAGCGCAUGCUGGAGAGCUACCUUCACGCCAAGAAGUUCCUCAAACCCAAUGGUAAAAUGUUCCCCACUAUCGGUGACGUCCACCUGGCCCCCUUCACAGACGAGCAGCUUUACAUGGAGCAGUUCACAAAGGCCAACUUCUGGUAUCAGCCGUCCUUCCACGGUGUAGAUUUGUCUGCUUUGCGUGGGGCAGCAGUGGAUGAGUAUUUCCGCCAGCCAAUUGUGGACACAUUUGAUAUCCGUAUUUUGAUGGCCAAAUCGGUCAAAUACACAGUCAACUUCCUGGAAGCCAAAGAGGAGGAUCUGUACAGGAUAGAGAUUCCCUUUAAGUUCCACAUGAUGCAUUCUGGCCUGGUGCACGGCCUGGCGUUCUGGUUUGACGUGGCAUUUAUGGGAUCAGUGAUGACCGUAUGGCUGUCCACGGCACCCACAGAACCUCUGACCCACUGGUACCAGGUCCGCUGUCUGCUGCAGUCGCCACUCUUCACCAAGGCUGGGGACACGCUGUCCGGCACCGCCAUGCUAGUGGCCAACAAGAGACAAAGCUACGACAUCAGUAUUGUUGCCCAGGUGGACCAGACCGGAUCAAAGUCCAGCAACCUUCUGGACUUGAAGAACCCAUUUUUCAGGUACACAGGCACCACCCCCAACCCCCCUCCUGGCUCACACUACACCUCCCCAUCGGAGAACAUGUGGAACACGGGGGCGGCCUACAGCAUGAGUCAGGGGAUGGCUGUAUCAGGGAUGCCUGCAGCUUAUGACCUCAGCACAGUCAUCGGCAGUGGCCCGCCGGUGUCUCACAACAACCUCAUCCCCCUGGGUACGAAUCCCACUCCUCCUGGCUUCUCAUCAUCUCAGGGAACUUGGUGUAGUGGGGAACAAGUAGGAGAGCCACAGAGAAAACCCGCAGUGCAGCCUGAAAACAUGAACACAGGUAUUGUGAAUCACACCCACUCCAGGAUGGGCUCCAUCAUGAGCACAGGAAUUGUCCAGGGAGCCACAACUGGUCAGUCGGGUCCGAGCAGCAGCGGUACUUACUACCCCGUCACCAACCAGUUCACCAUGGGGGGGGCUGCCAUCUCCAUGGCCUCGCCCAUGGUCAUCCCCAGCAACACCAUGCAUUACGGCAGUUAAGGCCAACACCUGGCAAAGACCUCUCCCCACCCCCGCAUGACAAGAGACCCCUUACCUCCUCUCCCUGAACCUGAGCCCCCCCCCAACCACCCCACAUCCUGAACUGACCCACCAACUGCAGCCAAAACCAAUAUACCAAAACCAGUGUAGUGCUGGCACUUUGUCCCCAUGAUGGUCAACCCCGCCCCCCACCCACCCACCACUCUGUUCUGUCCAUCUCUAUUUGAACGGUCGAAUGCUCUCUUAUCCGUCCAGACUCUUGUCUUGCUAACCGUUGCGACCACUUCUGGGACUGUAACAUAUGCACAGCUGAGAUGCACAACAGUUGUCACCCCCACUGUGUAUCUCAAUCCUUCCACUCCGUUGUUUUCUUUUUUUUUAAAUGUCAAGGCGACCCACCCCCCCACCCCCAUUGUUUCUUCAAAACCUUACCUGUGAAAGACAUCGUUGCCAGAUACCAGCAUCAGUCUCCUCCCAUAAUCCUCCACUCCUGAUGAAACACUGCAAUGACGAGGCUUUCAGCUGGAAACAGGACACUAUCAUCUUCAUCGUCAUUAGCAUCAACACUCAUCUAUGGGCGGCCAUCUUGGCUUUUCAUAUCGGAUCUAAUCUUCAAGGGGCUCCAGCAACUCUGUCAAGAGACCAGACAAAAGUGGUUCUUUUUAAAGGAUCAGUUCUCAUAAAUCACAAUAAAACAUAUUUUCCAACUCAACCAAACUCGCUCUGAAACCAUCAACAGAAGAAAGUUUGCUUCUCUGCAUUUGGAAUGAACUGACUGCUCAUUCUGCUUCAGCCAUUUUCUUAUCUGUGCUGUAUUUAUCUUGUCAAACGUCUGAAAGCAGUGGUCCUGAUGCAUUUUAUGAUUCACUGGUCACCUUCCAUGCUGGGUGAUGAAAUAUCCGGUUUUUACUUUGUGAAGAGCACAAGCAUAUACACUACAUGGCCUGGAAGUGUUCUCCAUACCAGUUUAUAUGUAAUGAAAUUGUGGCUCAGCUUAAGGGUAACACAUGCCAACAGGCUGUUACAAAUGAGAACAUUUGCAAUGUUCUGACGUGUAAUUUUAAAGCUGCAAGUUUUUCUGUCAACUUAUGGGCAAUAGAAUGAGCUGUAAAUGUGAAGAGAUCUGCAAAGUUGGUGAAAAUUUUGAUUUAUAUCACCUGAUCAUCUCAUCUGUAACAUAAAAAUAUUUAACAUGAAUUGCUGCUUUAUGAACCUUAGGUAUGUACCUUCCCAAAAUCUCAAACCUGCACUUUUCAGACCCAGUUUUAGCUUUGGCGCAUUUAACAUCAGGUUUAGUGAAUAUCUAACGUCUGGUGAGUGCCAUCUAGAGAUGACAGAAGGUGUGCAAUGCUGUCACAGUUUAAAUAUCACACUUCAAAAAGGUGUCUGAAGGUGUAUUUUCAGAUUUGCCUGUGUUAGCAUAGAUUUUUGGUGUGGGGGGCAGGACUGAAGUGAGACAUCUCUUUCCCAGACAUUUACAGUUAUUAGGUGCAUUACUUUAAAGUUCAGUCAUCAGUAUAUACUCAUGUUUAGCAUCUCCAUUUACACCAGAAACACACAACACAAUCCACUGGAGAUUCACUGUAACCACAUGAACCAAUGGUGGUCAAAAAGAUGAUCAACUGAUAACCAGGGCCAUUAUUGGUUUUCAGAUCAUAAACCUUAUCAAUAGGCAUUUUAUGCGACUGUGAGUUUGGGUGUGUAUCAGUGAAACUGUUGUUUUUGAGCUGCUGCAGGAACUGUUGUUCUCAACUCAGUUUCAAACAAACUAGAUAAGAUGUGUUAAAAUCAUAUCUAGAGAAGAGCGUGUUACUUAAUGGCUUAAGUGGGAUUUAAAGCACACUCUGCAUGUUUUACCUUGUCUUUGUAGCUUCAAUGAGGAAUUAUACAAGUGGAGAUAAGUGAAAACUUGUUGAUGUCUUGAAGAAAGUAUUAGUCCGUCAUCCAAAAGAGAGGAAAGGUGAGGGAUGAGUUGUUCUUGUUAAUAUACUCUAAGUCUGCUCACUUGUUUUAAGCAACUAAAAAACAAGGAGGCUUUAAGGUCACGUGAAUCCAGCAGAUGGAAGUUCAAAUGAGUGCGGUGACAUGAGCUUAACAUGGAAGGUGACCUAACGGACCGUCUGCUGAAACCUUUGUAUUCCUGAUGAUUCAAAGUGUGAACACGCCCCAUCACAUGUUCACUUCACCCUUUCUCAGUUUUUAUUUUUUUUUUUUUUUUUAGCUGAGAUGAUAUUGUAGCUGCUUCUCUACAGCCAAAUCAACCCAGUCAGUCAUUCAUUGAGCUGGAUCAUCCCCACCACCACCACCUCCUCACAUCUUUGGCACAGUUUGAGGAAGACAAAUUUGGGAGAGCAAACCAGUCAGAGGACCAAUGAGAAGCUGUGCUGGAUCGGCAUCGUCCUAGUUUACAUUCUUCAUUUUCUUCUGCUUCUCCCGACCUCUUUAGACGCUGUCGCAGAGACUUGAAGGUCGAGGUGUGGGAGAGAGAGGGCUGGUCCACCCAACAUCCCCUGACGUCGUGCACCUAAGUGUGACCUCCAACAUAUCAUGAGCCCCUCCCCGCAGCGAUGCCCAACGCCCUCGUCCACCACUUUUAUCAGUCAUGGAGAGAAAGACUGACACAUGUAUGCAUUCUUUCCAGUGUCCCAACUAUUGGACUUGGUUCAUUUGGAAUUGAUGAGUUAGCAAGUUUUAAGAGAGCUGAAAAAUGUCUCUUUGUAGGAUUAACCUGUUUUGUUUUGUCUUUAUUUUGUUUUUUCUUUCACAAAAAACAACAAAUGAUUUAAAAAAAAAAAAAAAAAAAAAAGCAAAUUAAAUGUGGUGGAGAUGUUCCAAAAACCAUCCUGGAAUCAGGUGUUGUAGUACUUUACUUUGUGGCCAAUAGUUUGAUAAAUAGACUGUGGACACACCGAGAUGUCAACCAUGUGGUAGCUUGCAUAUAGCCAACAUGUCCCUUCUGUCAUGGAAUCAUUGCUGUGUGUAGUCAAUAGUGGCAUCCACUUAUAUCAUAGAAAAGUGUUAAGAGGAAGACUGUGUGUCAUGUUCUGUCAUGUUUGUGUGUGUUGACCAACCAAGUAAUAACACCUUUGUCACUGUCUGACAUCGACUCUUCUGCUCCACACAAAUAGAAAACAAAUGAAGUCC